AAAUAACAGUUCUAAAGCUGCAGCCGGUAAUCUAGAGUAGGCCGUUGUCACCUUUUCGGCUUUGCCCCUUUCCUCUCGAUUGAUCAUAUAUUUGAUGUCGAUUCUCGUUGUUUUUUACUGACCUAAUCCAGAAGUUGGCUGAUCUCAAUUACCGGAGACAAGGUUGGGAUUCGCAUUUUGGUAUAAACUGGGGAGAUUCAAGAAUUUAAUUUCUGUAUAUUGAAUUUGUUAAACGAGGAAGAUGAUACAACAAACACCAUAUAAAAUGCUAAACGAAAAAGGAUUCUAAUCCUAACAACUUCUAACAACCCACUGGGUGGACCAAAGAAACACCCAAGCGAAACAAAAUAAAAUUAGAACAAAAGGGCCUAAGGGACAUUGUUGUUCUUAGCGCAUAUGCUUCUCUGAAUCUGAGGCGCCAUCUUUGCAUCUUCCAUAACUUGACAGCUCUUUCACCACCCCCCCCCCCUCCCGACUGUCCAAAGCCUGGUAUGACGGUGGUUUAACAAUGGUUCUGUAGUGAAGAUUAAUUGGCAGUGAGACAGUCACCUUCAAGCCAUUGAGGAUGCAGGAAAUCUAAAGAAGUUCAAAUGUUGCUUGGCUUCAGUUGAAGAGAUGCUCAUGGUUGACUAUUUCUUUGCUUUCUAAGAGAUGAGAUUGGGUCCAAUGAAUAUGCAAGUAACCAGUUAUAGAUGUCCGAGAGUCAGGGCAAGUGCCACAAUCCGCAUUGUAGUAAGGCUCCAACUGAAGUGAGGAAAAUCUGCAUCAAACACACGACCAUGAUUAAUUGUUAAGAGAUGAAGAGCAACUUUCCGAUAUGAUGAUGUAUGCCUGUCCAUGAAUUGACUUACCUAUGUCUUGCAAAUGCAACAUCAGUCAUGCUUAAAGCUCCUGAUAAUCAGGUUGCAGGGCAUCAAGCUCGUAAUGGAAAUCUAGGACCACUAAUUGAUGAUUCAGGCCGUUUCUAUAAGCCUCUUCAGGGAGAUGAGCGCGGUUCUAAAGAAGUUGCUUUCUACACUUCCUUCUCCUCGAAUACUAAAGUUCCAGAUCACAUUGCCCGAUUCUUCCCCAAGUUCCACGGCACUCAGCUUCUCGAGGCAUCUGAUGGAUCCGGCAUGCUUCCUCAUCUUGUUUUACAGGAUCUUACUUUUGGCCGGGUCAAUCCAUCUAUUGCAGACAUUAAAAUCGGUGCAAUGACUUGGGCACCACAAGCACCGGAGGACUACAUCCAGAAGUGUAUGAAAAAAGAUCGAGAAACUACAAGCCUUGUGUUUGGAUUUAGGCUGUCUGGGAUGCAAGUCUUUGAGAGCAAAGAGUCGGGAUUUUGGAGGCCAGAGGGGAGGAGAAAGAUUCAAACACUAUCACUGGAUUGCAUGAAAUUGUAUCUGAAGAAGUUUGUCUCUUCCAACACGUCCAAGAUGUCGUUGGAUCUGAAACCUGAUUGUGCUUUUGCAUCAACUGUAUAUGGUGGCUCGAAUGGCAUCUUAUCUCAAUUACUGGAGCUGAAAGCAUGGUUUGAGGAUCAAACUAUUUAUCAUUUCUAUUCUUGCUCCAUUCUGAUGAUGUUUGAAAAAGAGCUUGCAUUGACCGGCAAAAAUCCCCGCCCGGAGAUCAGGCUUGUUGACUUUGCUCAUGUUUACGAAGGCAAUGGCAUCAUUGAUCAUAACUUCUUAGGUGGACUUUGCUCUUUAAUAAAGUUCACCUCCGAGAUCUUGACUACCCCGGAAGAAUCUUAUGGCGAUGGUUUGAUGACGGGAGAUGCUCGAACAUCCCAUACUUAUUCUGAAAAUAAAAAUGGCCGGGUUUGAAAUUUGAAUUCGCCGAUGCAUCAUCAAGGUUCGGAAGCUACCCGAAAAUGGUUUAUGAUCAGCAUCUUGAAUGCUUUUUAAGGUAUGAACUCUCUUCCAACUCUUCUCCAUGAAUGUUCCUGUUGAUGUCGUUAAAAUUUAGUUUGUUGGAGCUAAAUGGUAAUUGCUUUGCAAAAUUUUGAGCUUUAUGGAUUAUGAUGUAUUUACAUGGUCGAGAUCCUUAAUUUCACCAAUGCGUUAUUCA